AUGCACGGCACGAAGGCAUAUUGGGCAUCUCUGCCGCCGGAGUUACAGCUCCAUAUCCUGGAACACCUCGCGAAUGCCCACGGCUCUCCCACCUUACCGCGUCGCGGAAUAGCCCGCUUCGCCAGCGUAUCCAAAGACUGGCAAGAAUUCUUCGAGGAAACAACAUUCAAAUGCUUCGUUUUGCGGCUGCGAGAUCUCAUUCCGUUCCGACAGCACACGCAAAGCCCCAGGCGGCGCGGCUAUGUCCGGCAUAUCUGUCUCCGCCUCGUGGAGCCCGACCCCGAAGACGAGGACCCGGCUAUACCCUGGAAUCAGUCGAGGAGCCCCUUCGGUCCCGCUACGCUGUAUCUCUGGGAUACUCUGUCGUCAUGGGGAGUUCAGGAAUCCAGGGAAGGGUUGACGCUCGAGAUAAGCUCCCAUACCCUGGCGGGGCUCAGCACAUACGCCAAUUGUAUGCCCAAGGACGACGUGAAUCACUAUUCAAAGCAUCUUGAGACGGGAAAUCUUGCGCAGUAUGAUGAUAUUGAACCCUUCGGUCACACGGGCCCGCUCUGGUUUACCCACAUAGGUCAAAGUACCUCGAUGCUCUCUGGAGCUGUACAAUCCCUAUUUUCAUACGACGUCAGGCUAGGCCGUAUACGGCUACCAUCCGUACAGGUGGUCACUAAAUUGCUUACAAGGAGGGCAAACACACGCAAUCUUCGCCCGGAUUCUUUGGACCAAAUCAUCAAGAGUCUUCCUCGCUUAAAGGAGAUCCAUGUCGAGAGAUGGCGGCUGCGUAGCGAAUACGAGGAGAGACGUUGGCUUAAAGAACAUCUGGCGCUGCGUUUCAUCGUCGAUGCCGACGAGUUCCUGAACAACGCCCUUGGGUUCCCGAAACUGAAAUGGCUCUCUCUAACUGCCGAGGUGUUCCGUGGCGAAAGCCGCGACAGCGACAUAGAAAUUGAGCGGCGCAUAAAAAUCAAGACGUUGCUUUUGCUGGCUGCGUUGGCGGCUUGCCGGAUGCCGAAGCUGGAGCUCAUGGAGAUUUGGAACGGCCGAAAUGGGCAGGCUAGCUUAUUCCGCUACAAGAUUGCCACUGGGGUUGCUGAGAUCACUUGGAAGAGCACGUAUGGAGAUGUUAUCGUCGAUGACGAUGUCGUCAAAGCUUGGGAGGCGACAGCGAGGGUUCAUGGGAGAAGUGACCUGCGGAGCUCGGUCACGCGGCUAGAGGACGGCCACUACAGAUACUAUGGCUCUUUGUUGCCGCACUUGGAGUCGAAGGAGCACUUCAUUCAUGAGGUGUCUGCUGCUCAGAUGAAGUAG